AAUUGCAUUCUGGGCAACAUCAAACAUGGCGCUAGGUGACGAACUCGUACUAGCUGGCGAUCCCGAAGAGGAGCCUGCAGCUGAGGAAGAAGAGGAGGAGGAUGAAGAAGAUAUAGUUGACCCACAUGAUGAUAUGAAAGAACAGUGCAAACAAACUCCUGCUUGUCAAACAUUGGAUUUAAAACUUAUUGAAUGCACCAAGAGGGUGGAAAGUGCAGAACAGACAGAGGAAACCUGUCAUGAAGAAUUCAGUAAUUUGAUUCACUGCAUAGAUCAUUGUGUUGCACCGAAGUUGUUUUCGAAGCUGAAAUAGUGGCAAUGUUUUCUAGAAGGUAAAGACUUUUUAUUGGUUGGCUAAGACAAGGACACCAACGGGCGAAGUCACCAAGUGUAACAGCAGGGAAGCACUUUGAAGGAAUGUGCAAGGUUAUGAAAUCCAGCCGUUUCCUCCAUAUGGAUCAUAGCUGAUGAUGGAAAUGGACAUUUGGAUGACUUUUACAGAACCAAUUUUAGUGCUCACGGUUAAAAGAUGUGUUAUAUGAUGGGUUAAUAAAUUUGUAUUUGAUGUCU